AUGCUGGAAGAAGACUUAGUCCGUGUCGAAGUCCAUCUUCAGGAUCUCAACAAACCAGCUACUACCUCAACGUCCGGUGUGACCGGCGGGCUAAUUGGAGCCAUUCGCAGGACAUCCGAUGCCUUUACCAAUACCCUGCAUCUAAUAGCCGCUCCUACACAAGAAGUGAGACAGGGAGAAAUCGUUCUCGGGAAAACCAUGGAAAUUCUAACUGAUGGUGUAUGCCUUCAGUCAGAGGUACCCCCAUUGCCAGUCGCUGAAACGCCACUGUUUCAUGGUCCGCAGAAUAAGGAGCGAAGGAUGUCCGACGUUGAACAUCUGUGGAAAAGUGCUGAAAAAAUUCAUGGAUUUUGA